UCUUCCUGCUCCUCUCUCUGCCUCUCUCUCCCUCUCUCUCUCUCUCUCUCUCUCUCUCAGUUCAUCAUGGCGGACGCCAGCAGCAACCACGUCCACGUUUUAUUCUCCUUUUCCGUGUUCUCGCGUCCGUCUUCAGUGCCCCUGGGCUCGGGUUAUGAAGUGCUCGUCCAGAAGUUUCUCUCCAUCUACGGACCUCAGAUCGACGUGCACCGCAAAUUUCUAAUUCAGGUGUUCUCGGACGAGUGGAGACAGUACAUGGACCUGCCCAAAGGAUUUGCCAUCUCGGAGAAAUGCAAGCUGCGAUUAGUUCCUCUUCAGUCAGAUAUUCCUACACUGGGCAACCUUUCUCCAGCCACCACAAUUUUCUUCUGCUGUGACAUGCAGGAACGCUUCAGGCCUGCCAUCAAAUACUUUGGUGACAUCAUCAGCGUAGGCCAGCGACUGCUACAGGGGGCUCGCAUUUUGGGUAUCCCCAUCAUCGUGUCAGAGCAGUACCCUAAAGGCCUGGGCAGCACUGUACAAGAGAUGGAUCUGACUGGGGUCAAGCUGGUCUUCCCUAAAACCAAGUUCUCCAUGCUGCUGCCAGAGGUGGAAGUAGUGCUGGCUGAGACUCCAGGAGCUCGAAGCAUUGUUCUUUUCGGAGUGGAGACUCACGUGUGCAUCCAGCAGACAGCGCUGGACCUGAUCGGGAAGGGCUUUGAGGUGCACAUUGUAGCAGAUGCGACGUCCUCAAGAAGCAUGAUGGACAGAAUGUUUGCACUGGAGCGGCUUGCCCGUUCCGGCAUCAUCAUCACCACCAGCGAAUCGGUCCUCCUGCAGCUCGUGGCGGAUAAAGAGCAUCCGAAGUUCAAAGAAAUCCAGAACAUCAUAAAGGUCAGCGCUCCCGAGUCAGGCCUGCUCUCUAAGGUCUAAACAAUGUGAGAAGUUCAACUUAUACCACUGGCUUUAGCAGUGAUGGGUGGUUGGGAAUUUUAAGCGGUAAAUUGCCCUCUGUCUGAAGCCCUUCUAAGCUGUAGUGUUUGUAGACGGUGGUGAGUUAUCCAGCAUUUACUCUUCUUAGAUGUGCCGUGCAACUAAACUGGUUAGUCAAAGUAUUUAAUGAUCUAUUAAUGGAUUUCUUGAUGAACAAACAACACAGACACUGCGAGUUAAGUGUAACUUUGUGCUGCUCGAUGUGAGGACACGUCAAGUGUGAACGUAGCAUAGCCACUUUGACAACCAUAACAGCCUGGAAGUGUGUCUUUUGAUUUCUGUUUAUGUCUCUGACAGUCUUCUUUGUAAUGUUUAAGAAUCCUCACAGAAACUCUGAAACUUUUUUAACCUUAAAAUAGCUUGAAUGUGAAAAUGUAGAUUCAAUAUACAGUAAUGCAACAGCAUUACAAAUAAAUGUGCAGUAGGUCACAAGCUUGGGAGCAACCAUGGUGACUGGAAACGAGGUCUAAUUUGGAGAUAAAUGAGCCACCAGAGCAUGACCACUUGCACUGCUUUAGUCGCUGCACUGAAUUAUUAAUGUAAUAUGUUUAGUACUAUGUUUCUGUGGCAUUUUGCUUAAAUAGGGCUAGAAAUAAAAGCGAUUAAAAAAAUGUAUGUUGUGCGUUUUUCACUCCGAACUGUAAUCAUUCAUGCUUUUUUGAAAAAUCUCCUUUUUCUUUUCUUUCUUAUUUCUGACCUUUUAACACACAAGUUGCAGUGAAAUGUAAACCUGAUCAGUCACUCUGAAAUCUGUGCAUUAGAUAAAGACUAUAAAUAUACAAAAAUAGAAGAGUAAGAAUAUAAGAAAAUAAAAUACCAAUUUUGAAAAUAUUUUACAUAUUGACAAAGUGGUCAUUAAAAACAGAAUAUUAAUGUCAAAUAAUAUUAAAUACUAUAUUUAUUUUUCUGCUUAGCCAUUAACUGUUUGUUUUUGUAUUUGUUUGUAUGUGGUAUGUAUUUGAAAGUAUUUAUUGUUUUUUUCCCCAAUUUCCAUGCUGAAAUCCUUAUAAAAUGUACUGGAGCUGUAUUGCCCAUUAAGACUGGCGAGUGUGAUUGUGAUUGUGUGUGAGUGUGUGUGUGUGUGUGUGUGUGUGUGUGUGUGUGUGUGUGUGUGUUGGCUUCAUUAUUCCUUGGCAUUAUUUUUGUCUGCAUGCUAGAUCUUGAUUAAACUAGAUAUCUAAUUGUUAUCGUGUGGACAAAAAACCUUCCCUGACAUGUAUGGAAAAGUUUUUUUAUUCACUUUUUUUUAUUAAAUAAUUUUCAAUCAUAUUUUUAUGCUUUGUAAAAGAAAAAGGGACAGGAAAAAUAUCAAACCAAAUCUGCUCAUCAGAUGUUUUGCAUAUGUAUUUAACACGUAUAUAUUUUGGUUUUGGUUAUCCAGUACAAAUAAGGGGAGUGAUUUAAAAAAAUAAUGAUUUAUCAAACCAAUAUGUGCUUAAUUUUUUAAGUUAGCUGUUAUUUAAUUAACAUUAACAGAACUUGCAGCCCCAGGAUUGAUGUCUUAAUGCUUGACAUUUUUGGAACAAUUAUAUUUAUUGGUGUUUUCUUGGCUUCAAAAUGUCAUGCAGUACGAUUACCACUAGAGGGGGUGAUGUGUAGUGAUUUGUACAUGAACUACAAUAUAAGUGAAUGAUAGCUAAGUCAUGGUUUGUGCUUUUUAUUCCUGAUUAAAUAUAGAAGUAGUUUCCCGAAUGACCUCUAGCAUUUCUCUGUUUUCAAUUAAAAAAAUCACUGUUCAAUUUUUUGAAAAGCUCUUUCUUAAAUGUAUCCUGACCCUAACUGGGAAUGCAUCAGUCGAUCAACCAUCUAUCAAAUGUUUGUGCAUCAGUGUGAGGAAAAAGGACAAAUAUAUUCAGUGCCUUUUUCUGAACAGACUGAUUGUACUUCUCCAGAUAGUCUUUUCGAUCUGACAAAAUACCUUCCAAACAUCAUCUUUCUCAUUACAGUAUUUGAUUUUUGUAUCGGUUAACAAAGUAUGCAAUAAACGUUUAUAUUCACUGUA